CACCGUUCAUUUGCCUCCUCAUGGCGUUCUGUUUCCAUGUGUGAAUAAUUUAGUGAUAGCCUGGCUGUGUGAAGCUACAUGACAGCACAGCCUUCAGGGGAGAACCGUUACCCCUCCGGUCCGGGACUCGGAUGGACUAGUGAGGGACAGUUUAGGGACAUAGGGGAACGACAGAGUCUCUGUCGUCACGAAGACGCCGUCACGAUUGAGGGGCGCAGGAAUUCUGUGGCGCUGGUAGGGGGCGAGGGCGGGGUCUGGUACGAGCUGCCUCACGAACUACGACCCCCUCCCUCAGACUUUUUACCUCAGAAUGACGAAGCCAUGUACCCCUACCAGAUCUACCAACUCUACCCAGAGAGUCAUGGACAACCACUUCCACACACCUUGGUGAGGAAGAACUCAGUACCCGAGCUGAGUAGUCUCUAUCUCAGGCAAAUGAUGGCAGCCAGGGCUUCUUCCGUGGUUCCUCCAGCUCAACAGAAUUACUACCAGGCUGAACUCCCGCUGGACAACACAGCCCCGGCUAUGACUAUUUCUACUGCUGCUACCAGGAGCUUAUCUCCUCGUCGUCUUGAAGACGGCUCUUCCUUAUAUAGGGCCAGCCAGCAGCAGCAUCACCUGCUUAACAGAUCAGCAUCGCAUUAUGGGAUGUCCGGGCUCACCGGUGGAAGAGGGGGGUUUAGAGCUGGUGUUUCUACUGCGUCUGCCUGGGAUCAAGGACACGCCAGGUCCGCCCCUCCUCUCCCAGCUCUUACUCCUGCCCCAGGCCCUCCCCCUCCUCCUCCUCCUUCCUCUCCCACUCACAACGAGCUCAGCCGGUCGUACCGGGAAGCCAAGAUGAUCCCAGACUUCCAGCACAGCAUUGGUGUCUGCAGGGCUCCAUCUCCUGCCUGCUACGGGGUCCAACCCCCGCUUCCUGUUUACGCUGCGGCCCAGCCUCAGCCUCUCCCUUCUCUUUCUGCUUAUCACCCUCCCCUCUACAGUGCCAUCUACAACCUCCCGUUGGACCCCCGGGUUGGUGUUGGACAGGCUGCCGCAGCCACCAGUCUCAUGGUGGACCCAGCUACCCAGCAACACGGACACAUGGACGGUUCCCUCCAGCACUACGGUGCUGUAGCAUCCCAGAGGCUUCCCUACGACCCGGGAUACGACCCCGGCUCUGCCAUGGUCCAACAACAACAACACCCUAGCGCGGAGUUGAAUAUGGAUCCCAAGAGGAUGGUGGACCAAGGGUUCCUGGCGUUCCUCAGAGCCGAGGGUCUAGCGGACAGCACCAUCAGCUUACUACUCCAGCAGGGCUUUGACUCCACCUCUAUGCUGGGGGUCAUGGAGGAUCAUGACGUCCGUUCUAUAGCCACUAAUCUGGGCCAGGCCCGAGCUCUGUCCAGCGUGGUGCUUCACUGUAAACAGCAGCCUGGGGAGUCGGCCUUAGCCGCUCAGCAGCGCAUUAGAGCCCGCUCCAACAGCUUCGGCCACACCAACAACCUCUACAUGCAAGGGAUGCAGAACAUGACCCAGGGGAUGAGCAGCAUGGCCAUGGACCCCCACACGAUGCAUCAGCAGCCCCCCACCACCCUCCAGACCUUCAGCCCCAGGAUGGGAGAGUUCCUGGGCAGGAGACCCAACAGUGCCCCAUCUCAACACCUCCUGGAGACCACCACGUACGGAGCACCCCGAGGGACCUUCCCUGUCAGCUCCGGGGAAUACGGUAACGCCGUCACCCAGGCAAGACCGCUAUCCAUGUACAACGCCCACACCGGCAUCGCCAUGUCCUCCCUGCAGCACCAGCAGCCUACUGCCCCCAACACCCCCGGCGGAAUGGCCCCCAAAACUUUCUCUGGUUCUUACUCCCCCAUGGAGCUCAUGAAGAGAGCCCCCAAUAUGCCCCCCAUGUCACCUGGGGUGGUUCAGAGCCCCCUGCACAGCCCCCAGCUGCUGAGGAAGGGGACGUCCAAUGCAGGGGAGAGCGGUGUGGUCGUAGCAGCGUCGUCCACCUCCCACCAGAUACAGACCCUUAACAACAACAGGACGGCAGGACGGAGGACGGGACCACCUGUCAUUGUUUCUACCAUGGCUGCCUCACCUGAUACAAGUAACCACGGUCCUCUGACCUCGCUAUCCCUCCUCUCCUCC